AUGAAGAGAUAUUCAAUUGCACCAACUUCAUCACGGAGGAAAUCUGCUAUUGAUGCAACAUUACCUGAAUCUAAUUUACCAGCAAGACAAAUAUUAGAACAAUUAGAUCAAGAUACUACAUUUGUUCUUCAAGAAAUUGAUAAAAAUAUCUCUCGAGCAAAUACCGUGAUUAAUGAUAAGAUUAAGCCUAUGAUACAAGAAUAUGCAUUUCAAAGUUGGAAAGUUUGGGAAAAUACUGGGUUUUGGAAACAUUUUUUCGAACAAUCAGCUAAUGUUGAAUUAGAUAGUUAUGUUGAACCAAUUAAUGAGGUGAAUCCACAAAAUAAUUUCUUAUUAUUGAAUGAAAUUGAAAAAAAUAAACAAAAGGGGAGGUAUGAGGAUAGUCGUGGGAGUAAUAAAGUCAAUCAGGCUAACAAUGACGAGAAUAAUGAUAUAGAUAAUGAUGAAAAAGAGGAGCCAGAAAUAGCAUUUAAAAAACCAAAUCUUCGACGAUUAGUUGCUGAUGGGAAUACCCCUACAUGGUCAACAGAGCAUACUAAACCAUCGAUGAAAUCAAUACAAUUAUCACCACCAAAGAGAAUGCAGACAACUAAUUUCACUGGUGGACUAGCUCGAGAAAACACAAAAUUGACAGAUAGCAUAACAUUGGAACCACCAGCAUUAUCUGCAGAGACCCGAGCUGUCACAUCACUGCCUCACAGUCGUCAUUAUCAAAAUCAACAUCAACGACUACAAUCUAGAGAUUCACCAAUUAAAAUACAUACCAUUAGACAAUCGUUAGAUACUUAUCAUCGAGUGUCAAUAUCACCAAAGAAAUUGAAAACACCUAUACGUUCAACAAGAACUAGUAGAAUUGAAAGUAUACUUAAUUCGUCACCCAUAUUACCGGAACCACCAGUUUUACAAUCCGAGAUAGGAAGUGAAACUCCAAAAUAUAUGUCAUCUUCAUCACCCAUGAAGAAGCAACAACAACAACAAAGAGAAUCAUUAAAUUUCCAAUCAGAUAAUGAUCAGCAACAAGGACUUCAAAGAUUUCCUAAUACUCCUAAAUAUUCUCGAUUAAGUGGAUCAUCAGUGAAUAGUUUAUUAAGUAAUAAAUCAAAUUUAUCUGAUGAUGAAGAUGAUCAUAUUAAUCCCCCACCACAAUUAGAUUCUGAUAAUCAUGGAGUUGUAAUUGAUAAUAGUGACACUAAUAACAAUAAUGGUGAUAGUUCAGAUGAUCUUGCAGCAUUACCAGUGCCUGAAUUGAAUACUAUUGAUUUUAAAGAUAAGAACAGCAAUAACAAUAAUAAGAGAUCAAUUCAAUCAACUCCAAGAUCGAGUGAAAAGAAGAGACGAUCAAUAAAUACUAAAAAUACAAAUAAUAACAAUACUUCUGCUGCUGCUACUGCUGUUGUUGUUGAUGAUGAUGAUGAUAGGGAAAAUGUAUUUUUGGAUCAUUCCUAUAAGAAAACUCCAGAUAAUCAACAAUCUAAUAAUUCAACAAGAUUUUUUUCAACUGGAGGAAGUAAUAAUGAUAAUCAUACUGAAACUCAAGAUAAUUCAAAAUCAUUUAGUCAAAUUUAUGAUGAAGCAAUUUCUAAAAUACGAGGUAAAAAAACUACCAGCCAAAGCAAUGAUCAAAAUGGAGAUGAAGAUGGAGAUGUGGUGAUGUCUCUUGAUAUGACGGUGACUAAAGAUUUAACUGGUGAACCAACAAAAGAUUUAUCAAAAGAUUUAACAGAAAAUUCAACUACUGAUUUAGGUCCAUUUAGAGAAAGAUGGAAGAAAUUGACAAGAAAAUAA